AUGCCUGUCAAUGCCCAUCAGUGCCACCUACCAGUGCCUUCUCAUCAGUGCCUCCUAUCAGUGCCAUCUAUCAAUGCCCAUCAGUGCAGCCUAUCAGUCUCUAUCACUGCAGCCUCAUUAGUACACAUCAGUGAAGAAGAAAAUUACUUAUUUACAAAAUUUAAUAACAGAAACUAAGUAAAAAACUUUUUUUUCAACAUUUUCAGUCUAUUUUAGUUUGUUUAGUAAAAAAUGAAAAAUACAGUGGUGAUUAA